AUGUCUAAACCUGUUGUUUUGAGACUUGGAGGUGUUAAGUAUGCACAAAAGGCGUGGGAAGAGCUUGGCAAGAUUGCGCAGGUGGUUACAGUGGAUCCCUCCACUACAAGAGCACAAUUCUUGAAGCAAUGCCAAGACCCAGAGUCGCCAAUUUCUAAGACACAAAUCAUCACGAGAAACGUGCAGAGUCUCAAGCAAACCGGUAGAUUUGAUGCUGAGUUGGCCAAAGCCUUGCCUGCAUCUGUGGUUGCAGUUUGUCACAACGGUGCCGGUUACGAUCAGAUCGACCCAGCGCCUUUAAUUGAGCGCAAGGUGCAAAUUUCCAAUGUUCCAGAGUUGGUUAACAAUUCCACCGCCGACACGCAUGUGUUUUUGAUGUUGGGUGCGUUGAGAAACUUUGAGCAUGGACGUCGUUUGAUGUACGAGGGUCAAUGGCCAUCGCACCCAACUGCGGCUGGUGCGCCAGUAGGACACGACCCAGAAGGCAAGGUUGUUGGUGUUCUAGGUCUAGGUGGGAUUGGUCGUGCCAUUGUGGAAAGACUCAAGCCAUUUGGGUUCAAGAAGUUCAUCUACCAUAACAGAAACAAAUUGCCAAGCGAUUUGGAAAAUGGUUGUGAGUACGUUUCGUUUGACGAAUUGUUGAGUCAGUCCGAUGUCAUCUCCAUCAACAUCCCUUUGAACCCAAAGACUAGACACAUUAUUAACAAGGAGGCUAUCGAGAAGAUGAAGGACGGUGUUGUGAUUGUGAAUACAGCUCGUGGUGCUGUCAUCGAUGAAGCAGCCUUGAUCGAGGCAUUGAAGUCCGGUAAGGUCAGAUCAGCAGGCUUUGACGUUUACGAACACGAACCUCAAGUUCCACAAGAAUUACUAGACUUGCCAAACGCUAUUGGUGUGCCUCAUAUGGGUACCCAUUCCGUUGAAACUAUCCAAAAGAUGGAGGAAUUCGUUGUCGAAAACGUUAGAAACAUCAUCAACACUGGUAAGGUUUUGACCCCAAUCCCAGAACUCAAGGGAGAAACUUGGAUUGAAGAUGCUAAACCAUUAGUGUAA